AUGCCGAGCAGUUGGUUAUUGAACACACAAGAGGGUGAUAUUACUGCACCAUGUCACUGCUCACCAGACGUCCCCGUGACGGAUGUGCAAUUGGAAACAUUUCUUGUUUAUAGUCGCAGCAUAGAUGUCGCAACACUUCACGAACGCCACCCCGAUGACGAUGAAGGCCGUACGUACGCCCAGCGACUCAUUUGGAACCUCGGUUACAAAACACUGGAGAAGGUUACGUUUACCACACCGUCGAAGGAUGAGAGUAUGGAACACCUUAACGUGGAUGAACAAAUGCGAAUUGUGGAAAGUGGUAUUAUUUAUGUGGAUGUGCGCAAUGAGAAGGAUGAGUGGGUACGCAUUGAGGGGAAAAUGGGUGACGUGAUUGUUCUCCCCCCCGGAAUGUAUCAUCGAGUUGUUUCUUCCAACUCGGGACCCGCCACUUGCCUCCGUCUUUUCAGACGCGCAGAAACCUUUCGCCCCAUUCCUCGUGACACCGCUGGACUUUCCGAAGCACUUGUCAAGGAAGCGGUGGAAGCGCAUGAGGAGCACAUGUUUUUUAUUAACAAUCCGCCAGUCGAAACAGCGAUGGGCCCAGCGAAUGAUACAGAUAACAUUCUGGUAAAAAAUCCAAGGGACUUCGAUGCUACACUUGAGAAGGUCAAAGCCGCACUGCAACCCGGUGAUAUCCUUGUGGUGCUUAUAAAAGGUGUGUCGCAUCCCAAAACCCACAAGUCGUGGUGUCCUCCGUGUGUUCUUGCAGAGCCAAUGGUGCAGCGCGCAGUGAAGGCAGCGAAGGAGAAGCGCCGCGUCGUUUAUGUGCAAUGCAAUGUUGAACGCUCCGUAUAUUUGGGUAACCCAAAAUAUCUCUACCGCACGCAUCCGUUCAUUAAGGUGACUGGAAUUCCUCAUUUUAUGGUGUUCCAGCAGGGCGAGGGCGGAUUAAAAGAUAUUUGCAGAGAGUCCACUCCCUGGGAGGGUUAUGAGAAGUGGGUGGAGAAAUUGUAG